CGAGGCUGGCACUGCCAUGCGGCGAGGGCGGAGCCGCUCGAAGGCCGCGUUGGUAGCGGCGCCCUCUUCUGGGUCAGAGGACUCUGAGUGGGAGGAGGAGCGCGUGGAGCGGCUGCGGGAGCGGGCGUGGCGCGCUGGCCCGCGGGGCCCCGGCUCUGGCGGGAAGGGCCGCAGCCGCCGCUCCAGGGAACAGCGCACCAAUUGGCGCGUGCCGGCCGGCCACGAACGGAAGAUCACCGCCAAGAUCCGCGCUAGCUUGGCUAAACGUCGCCGCCAGCAGCGCCCGGGGAGCGGGCCUAGAUCUGCCCCACUGCAGCCCAGGAAAAGCGCAGGAGCCGCCGCUAAGGUUCCAGAAAUGGUCAGCUGCUGAGCAUCUUUUCUCACGAUCUCUGACUGCAGCUGCUCUGUAGUUGAAGAAGCUCUUUUCAGGGUAUGCUGCUGUGUUCCAGAGUCUCCUUCCACUUCAGUUCCCUCUUGUAUCACUUGGAAGCCAUUUCUUCUCAAUAACACCAAUUCUGGGCACUUCUGUUCCACUCUUUGCAUUAUUGUAUAUUUUUUUUCAUUUUUGUUAUCUGUUGCUAUUGUUACAAAACUUUGAAAAAUAGUUUAUUCACAAUAUCACAGUCCAAAUUAAUAUUGGAAGAUUACUUAAGACUGAAAAGGAAUUGCAAUUUAGGAAUAAUCCAUCUGUUUUGCCUACAGAAGAUCCCAGAUUUAAUCCUUUCUUUUUCUAGUUAAAUUUAUUUUUCAUAUUUCUGCACCACCCAUCUCACAAGCAACUCUGGGCAGUUUCAUGUCAAAGGGCAGGGCAAAGAGUAAUAAUGAAUGGAAAAGUUUGGCCGUUAAGUUAUCAGUGAUUCCAAUACCCAUUGGCACCAGCAAGCAUAGCCAGUGGCCUGGCAUAAUGAGGGUAGUGAUCCAACAACAUCUAGAGCAAUGGUGGGCAAACUUGUUGGCCCAGGCCAUAUUUACAAUUUUUGGAGGGCUGGGAAAUGCAAAGUGUGAGUCUGUAUCACGUGUGAGCAAGAUCAUGGGGUGGGAGUAGAGGUUGGAAUAUUAGAGCUUUCUGAUAGUCUGUUCAAGGGCUUACACUAAAAUAGGCACAUCAAUUUGCAUGUGUUCCCCAUCUCAAAAUGGUGGAAGCCUGUGUUGCCAGUUUUCGGGAGUUCCAGAAGCCAUGAAAAGGGAUUCAAGCAUCUCUAUCCCUUGAUCACCAGUCCGUAUAUUGAUUAAGGGUUCACAAAAGGUACAGUUUAAGCUGCUGGUGUUGACUGAUUUGAGUACAAGUAUUAGUUGAUUAUUUGGAAAAUUUGAGUACAAGUACACCAUGUGCUUGUUAUACCUGACUCAAGUGGCUAGCCAGGGUUCACUGGUAUCUUCCCUGAUUACAGUAGCCACAACAUGGUUGAAAGUUUUUUCUGGUAAUUCUAGCACCAGUCUCAAAUCAGCUAUCAGUUCAUCUUGAAUCUAAAUUAUCCAAAUUUUUAAAAAGUACUAAAAGUAAUUCUUUUAUGAGACUCUGUGAAACUGAUUUAAGUGUAAAUUACAUGUGGAAUGUUACUGUUAUUUAGAUAGGAUUCUAAUUAUGGCUUUAAAUGUUAUGGGCCAUUCAGGAUAUUGAGGUUUUUUAAUUUAAUUGUGGUAUUAAAUUGGAUUGGAGUGUGUUAUUGUAUUUAUUUCUUAAUAAAGACAGUAUUAAUCAUCCCUAGUUAUAGGUGCCUGAAACAUAAAAAUACUACUACUACUACUGAGGGCUACAUUUCACUAAACCAAGUCUUAGAUUUCCCAUCUUUGGUUUAGAGAAUCACAUUAUUAAGAAAGGUUUGUGGACUAGGAGAAAACUGGAGCUCAGUGGUAAAUGCAUGCUUUUAAUAUAGAAGGUAGCAGAUCAAAUGUUUGGGAUACUGACUUCUCAGCAGAGUUCUAGUAAAUCCUUUUCUUAUCAUGAACCAAACAUCUAUUCUACCUAUCUUUAAAACUGGUUGUUGUGGGAAAAAGUAGGAGGUAUACUUAGAAAAACAAGAGUCAAUCUGGAGUCGGACAGUAUCUAAGCCAAAUAAAUAAGAAUGGCCAGUCACUGCAGCAGCCUACUUUUUUUUUCCAAAGUGCACUGUAUACCCAGAAAAAAAGGGUAUAAAUGUGCAGCUGCUUGGAUCCAUGCUUCAGAGAGGGCAUAGGCCUCAAAGUUGUAUUCUGUUGCCAAGUCCUUAAUUCAGAUAUGUAUGUUCCUGGGACCAUGCAACUUUGGGCAAGCCCAGGAAAAGAUGCAUCAAUAAGGAGGCCCUGACAGGUCCAGUGGGCAUGCCCAUGCACCCUGUGAAGCACCUCUGGAUCUGAAUAGCUGCACAUUUCUACUUACGGGAACAUCAUCACUUUACCUUGUGAUAAAUGGUCAUAUCUCCUGUGGCAGCCAUUUUGGGUUAAGACCUAAAACGUACUCUCAAAAUUCCAAAUGUGACAAAUUGUUGGGACGAAGUUAUUUCUUCAGCUUUUAUUUCUGGUGGAAAACCCAAUACUUUCUCAAUUAAAUUUAGAAUUCUCAGAUGGAUGCAGUUUGGACCAACUGUUUCUAAUUUGUCAGUAAGAUGUACAACUUCAUGUUGUCAUUUGUAUUUACCUCAUGGCCACAAGCUCGUUUUGUGGAAUAUUAAAUAUUAAAAUAUUAAUGCUGGCAU